AUCAUCGUCUGCAGUAGGAGGGGACUAUUUUUUGCACAAGCUAUUUAUGGUAUCUCCCCCAGUUCUCUGUGCGUGUCUCACCGACAAGCGUGUGGCGCAGCACGGACAUAAAUAGUCGGUAGGAUGUCUAAAGAGGGCCAACCACGUGAGCCAGAGCAGCUGCGGAAGCUCUUCAUUGGAGGGCUCAGCUUUGAAACCACAGACGAUAGUUUGCGGGCGCAUUUUGAACAAUGGGGCACCUUAACGGAUUGUGUGGUGAUGAAAGAUCCAAACACCAAACGCUCCAGGGGCUUUGGGUUUGUCACUUAUUCCAACGUGUCUGAAGUUGAUGCUGCUAUGGACGCACGGCCCCACAAGGUAGAUGGGAGGCUCGUGGAGCCCAAACGAGCUGUGUCUCGAGAGGACUCCAAUAAGCCAUUUGCUCACACAACUGUGAAGAAAAUCUUUGUGGGUGGCAUUAAGGAUGACACUGAGGAGAACCAUCUUCGUGACUACUUCAAACAGUUUGGCAAACUUGAGGCUAUUGAGAUAAUGGUUGACCACAAGACCGGAAACAAAAGAGGUUUUGCCUUCGUUACAUUUGAUGACCAUGACUCCGUUGAUCGUAUCGUCAUUCAAAAAUACCACACUGUGAAUGGGCACAACUGUGAAGUCAGAAAAGCUCUGUCUAAACAAGAGAUGCAAAACACUGGCAUGAACACACGAGGCCGUGGUGGUGGUGGUGGUGGAGGAGGAGGUGGAAACUUCAACCGAUAUGGCAACAAUGGUGGCUAUAACAAUGACUUUGGAGGCGGUGGUGGCGGCAGCAACCGCGACGGGUAUUUUGGAAGAGGAGGCAGAGGUGGUGGAGGUGGCAGCGGUUAUGGAGGCGACUGCUACAACAACGGAUUUGGUGGAGGAGAUGGUAAUUAUGGUGGCGGCCCUGGUAACUAUGGUGGAAACCGUGGAUAUGGAGGAGGCAGCGGAGGAGGAGGAGGACAUGGUUAUGGCAACCAGGGUGGCGGUUAUGGUGGUGGCAGCAACAGCGGCGGUGGCUAUAAUGACAACUACAACAACGGCAAUGGAAGCUUUGGAGGUGGCAACUUUGGAGGCGGUGGCGGUGGCAGCGGCAGCGGCGGUAACUACAGUGACUUUGGCAACUAUAACAACCAGCAGUCCAGCUAUGGUCCCAUGAAAGGGAACUUUGGUGGCGGCGGAGGAAGAAACAGUGGCCCGUAUGGUGGUGGCUAUGGUGGUGGAUCUGGUGGUGGAUAUGGAGGUGGCUCUGGUGGUAGACGGUUUUAAACUCAAAAAGGACUGAGUGCUUUAGGAGAGGAGAGCGAGAGAAGUGACAGGGCAGAUGCAGGUUUACAUCCCUAGAUCUGCUCAGCCAAACAGGUGUGGCAGAUUUACAGCUGCCACCAGAAGAAGUGUACAGUAGCGCUAUCAUGCGUGGGACAUCAUGAAUUUGUCAUCAUGCAGACUUAUUUUAUAUUGUCUAUGGAAAAAAGCAUUCCAAUGAGGUUUUAUGUAGAACUACUUUCAGUCUCUAUGGUUUUGAUUUUUAUGUAACCAAUCAAGGUGAAAUAAAACAUCCUUUUUGUUUUUUUAAAAAGAUGUGCGUUUUAGUCAUUUGUUUUCUGGGGGUUUUAGCGUAGUACACUUGAACUUAAUGGGAGCUUCUGUGAGCCUUUUUAGGAGAAAGUAAACUCAAGACUGUCGUCUGGCUCUUGUAUUUAAUAAAAUAAAAAGAACCCGUUCUCUUAAGGGAACGUAAGUGAAAUGUUCAAAAAGCAUAGGUUGUUUAAUGCAAAUGCCUAGAGUAGUGUGGUUGCAUAUAUCAGUCUAGCCAUGGGAGCAGGCUGAGAAAGGAGUAGCAAGAUCAUCGCCCUGUGACGAAGCAGAGAGCAGGGAGUACAGGGCGCCACUCAAAGACUAGCAGGCAGCGCUUUUAUAACUCCUGUAGGUAAGAACAGACUUCUCCACUACCGCUGGUAACUGUAAAACAUUUUAUUAGCAGAAGCUGUACAGUUAAUGUGAUCUUCCCAUUCAUUGUUGUGUAUAUUACAGGGGAAGUGACUGCAGUCAGCAUAGUUUGGUGCACAAGAUUUUGUAGAACUUAAACCCUUUUUAAUGCAUGCCCACUUGUGUUUUUUUUUUUUCCCAUGUUCUAUAUUUAACGUGCUGACCAUGUUACUCUUGCUUUUUCAGGAUCUGAUGAGUGAAAUCACCUCUUGAAACAAAAAGGCAUUUGUCUGUCUAAACUGGUGAAAUGAUAAAAGGUACUUGCUCUUGUAAUGCAGUUUUUAUCUUGUUUGCAAUAUUCUAAACCUCAAACUUGUUCUCUUUUCUAGGACCAAAAUGCAGCUGAAGAGAUUAUAUAUAUAUUUUUUUUUAAUUACCUGUGUUUUUUUACCUU